AUGGCGGAUAGAGAUCUCCCAGACGAGUUGAUUGAGAGGAUCAGAGAGCACCUUGACCUUAAAACCCGAAUGCAUGUUGCUCAGUUCCGUGCCGUCUCUCAAUCAUGGCGAUCUUCUAUUCCUUCAUUCAAUCCACUCGAGCCACCACCUCAAGAUCACCCUCUAGAUCUAUUGCCCUCCACAUUUGCCAUAUUCUUCCCCCUAUCUGAUUUUCCUUACACCAUCCAGCGUAGCAUAAUCUAUCAUAUUGCACCUUAUCCUCCUCCUCAUCACAAAGAUGAAAGGAAACGAGGCUGGUUGAUGCGAAUGGAUACAAACCAAAAGUUACUUCCUCCAUUAUCAUGGCGUGAUAGUGGUUUGGAAAAGCCAAAAAGGGUGAUGAUGAACUCAGUAGACUUUGGCGUACUAGAAGUGGCUAAACCCUAUCUCUUAGUAAGUAUGUACGACAACGACAAGUAUCACAAGCUAGCUGUUUCCUUAUAUUUCGAGUUCUUCCCUGCAGUCAUGUUGGUUACGUGUGGAGCUAUAUUCCUUGGAAAGUUGUCUUGUCAAGGUUCCAUCGAACUCACUCGGGUAAAUCCUGAUGAUAAUCCCUCAUGUAGAAAUAUAAGGAAUGCGGAAAAGUAUGAUGAUGUUAUUUUCUAUCGGGGGAAAUUCUGUGUAGUGUCUAAGUCUGGGAAAGCUGCAGCGAUGGAUUCUUCUUUUAAGUGGGAAGUGAUUGCUUCUCCAGUAUCUACUUCAAUGUUGUGGAAGAAGAAGUUCUUGGUUGAAUCGCUCGGGGAGCUGCUUUUAGUUGAAAGACAUGGGUCUACUUAUGUUGCAAGUUGUUGUUCAGAGGAGGACAUGCUCAGGAAGGAAAUCAAGUUCAAGGUUUACAAGUUGGAUGCAUAUAGGAAGCAAUGGGUUGAGAUGGAGGGUUCGGAUUUGGAUGGUCGAAUAUUGUGUGUGGGGGAAGAUUGCUGCUUCUCAGUCUCCAGUAGAGACUUCCCAGGAUGCCAAGGAAAUUUUGUUUAUUUUUCUUAUGAAGUUUGGCGUGCUAAGACUAUCUUUAGUAAAAUUGGUGUGUUUCACUUGGAUGAUGGGAGUGCGUCACCACUGGAAGCCGGCGCUAAAAUCUUUCUGCCACCCCCAUAG